UUACAUAUAUGAUUAAUAGUAAAAAUAUAUAUACCCAUAAUAAUAUAAACAAAUAUAUAUAAAUGAAAUUUAAACCCCGCUCAACCGAGCGGGUCAAAAUCUAGUACUUAUUUUAAAGAAGAAAAAGAAUGGCAUUUUCGUUAAUAUUCCCACUCAGAAGCCCGUUGUAAUAAUUUUCCCAUGUUAUAAGAAGCUAGACAGCAAUGCUUUAAUUAGUUGUCUUCAGCUAAGUACAGAAUCAAGUUUCAGACAGAGAGAGAAGAAAACACAAUAUACAACUAAAGAACUCUACCAAGCCUCUGAGCCAGAAGAUUUUUAGUCAAAGAAGAAUACGAUGAACUCUCGGGCGAUCUACGCCGUCAUCACCAUCCUCGCGAUCGUAAUCUCAACCGCACACGCAAGCCUCGGCGACUUCGGAGGCUCGCUUGACUUCGUACGGUCAGGAUCUUCUUCACUCUUCUCCGGAUGCAAAGGAUCCAUCGCUGAGUGUAUAGCUGAGGAAGAGGAGAUGGAGUUCGACUCAGAGAUCAGCAGGCGCAUGUUAGCGCAGAAGAAGUACGUUAGCUACGGUGCGAUGAGGAAGAACAGUGUGCCUUGCUCACGACGUGGAGCUUCGUAUUACAACUGCCAGCGUGGCGCUCAGGCGAAUCCUUACCGCCGUGGAUGCAGCACCAUCACGAGGUGCAGGCGUUGAAAUAUAUGAAAUUAAUUGAAUGUUAUGUUUUGCUCUUUUGUGAUUCGAUUUAUUUGUUCUUUUAAUUUAUUUUCCGGGAUAUAUAUAUAUAAUAUGAGUUUGAUUAUACACAAUGGAAUCUAUAUAGAACUCAAAGAAUCAAACACUCAAAACCACUUUCGUAUUGCUUAGAAAAGUAACUCAAAAACUAAGCUCAAUAAUUCACACACUCCGUGAUUAUCAAACUGCAAACGUCUCAGAUAUAUAUAGCUAACAAAGGUUCCUAACCCUAUUAGGAUAAACACCAAAUAAGUAUUCCUAAAACACCGAAGAUAAAUAUGAAACACCAACAAUAGGAUAACUCCAAAUAUUAAGAUAACUUCCAACUCAAGUUAUCAUCAAGCUUAGACUAACAUUCUCCCCCUUAAGCUUGAUCUCACCUUCAGCCACCACCUUCACUCCAAUCAGUCUCCUCAUUUCUGCAAACCGAACUCUAC